GCAGCUGCCCCCGACCUUCAGACUGCGGAGUUAGGGGGACCCCGCCGGGUGAGCAGGCCAGGGGCGCCUCUGCCCAGCAGGCCUAGUGAGCAGCCGGCUUUAGGGGACACGGUGCAGUUGAGGGGGGCUUGGAGGUGGAGACCGUGGACAGGUGGUGUCAGGCCUGCAAUGAGGUUUUCCGUGGGAAAACUGGUUCCAAAUGUAUUCCUAAAGAAUUGUCCUGUAGAAGCUGGGCACGGGCUUCAAGUCACACGGGUCCCCUCUGCUUCUUUCCCGUCCCAGACCUCAGGUAGUGAUGGGCUUGGACUGGCCGUCAUUGAUAUGCAGAGCAGGUGGAUGGCUCGCCCCUUUUCCCCAACCUUGAGCGCUUUAAAAAGUUCUCCGAGUUUGUUCGAAGUAACAGAUUUGCUGUUGUUUUUGAGAGUCACUUCAGUCAUUACAGCUUGUGUAAUAUCAAUGACUAAUAUACUGAGGCUUUUUUUUUUUUCUGUACAAGUUAGAAGUUUGACCUGUGUUUUUGCUCAGGAUUCAAGUCAUUGCAUCUAGCUCCACUCUUUUAUGGCAGUCCCAACUGGUGCCCAAUUGGGUCUCUUCCCCAUCCCUACGAAUUCUGGGCUCAGAAUUUGUAAGGAAGACAGCUGACUCCUCCUUGCCUCUGUUCAGCCCCUGGCUGCAGCAGCCAUCCUUAAAUGUCUUGGUGGCUCUAGCAUGUGACUUCAAGCACUUGGCUCUGACCUGGAGAAAUAAAGGCUGUUGCCAGAUUGACUCUCCUGUUUGUAGCAAUGUUCUCCCCAAGCAGGAGGACGACCAGUUCUUCUCGCGCCCAAGUCCUGCUAACAUGGAAGAUGGACAAGGCUCAGAGCGGACCCCGAAAUGCUGAGAAGGAAAUCCUCGCCUUGAGACUCCUGCGUGACACUGAGACCUGUCGGCAGAAUUUCAGGAACUUCCCGUACCCAGACCUGGCUGGUCCUCGGAAAGCCUUGAACCAGCUCCGAGAGCUCUGCCUUAAGUGGCUGAGACCCGAGAUUCACUCAAAGGAGCAAAUCCUGGAGCUGCUGGUUCUGGAGCAGUUCCUGAGCAUCCUGCCUGGGGAGGUUCGGACGUGGGUGAAGUCCCAGUACCCAAGGAACAGUGAGGAGGUGGUGACGCUGGUGGAGGACUUGACUCAGAUUCUGAAAGAAGAAGCUGCUCCUCAGAACUUCACCCUUUCCCAAGAGACCCCAGAGGACGACCCCAAAGGAAGACAAGCUUUCCAGGCAGGGUGGUUCAAUGACUUGGUUACCAAAAUGGAACUGCCAAUGCCUGCACUAAAAAUGGAAUCUAUCACAUUCAAAGAUGUGGCGGUGGACAUCACCCAGGAGGACUGGGAGCUCAUGCGUCCUGUGCAGAAGGAAUUGUACAAGACCGUGACACUGCAGAACUACUGGAACAUGGUUUCUCUCGGACUUACAGUAUAUAGACCAACUGUGAUCCCCAUGUUGGAAGAACCUUGGAUGGUGCUAAAAGAAAUUCUAGAAGGCCCAAGUCCAGAAUGGGAAACCAAAGCCCAAGAGUGUACUCUGGUGGAAAAUGUUUCUAAACUCAAAAAGGAUGGAAUCAAGCCCAUCAAACUGGAAGAACCCUCUGACUAUGAUGACAGAAUGGAGGGGCAAGUGGCAGAGACCUACAGGAGAAUUCCCACCAAAAGGAGACAUUUCAGUGUGAAGUCAGUCCUUUCACAAGAAGGUAGUCCUGUAGAAGACUAUAAAUAUAUAUAUAGAAGUGAUUUUGAAAAGCAUUCAAACCUAAUUAUGCAGUUUGGUACCCAGUCAGACAAUAAAACUUUCAUGUACGAUGAAGACAAGACCUUCAUCCCUGGCAUCGUGCACAGGAAAAUAUACCCUGGAGAGAAGCCUUAUAAGUGUAAGGUGUGUGGGAAGAAGUUCAGGAAGUACCCAUCCCUCAUCGCACACCAAAACAGCCAUGCCAAAGAGAAGUCUUACGAAUGUGAAGAGUGCGGCAAGGAGUUCAGACACGUCUCAUCCCUCAUCGCACAUCAGAGGAUGCACACGGGAGAGAAACCCUACGAAUGCCACCAGUGCGGGAAGGCCUUCAGCCAACGUGCCCACCUUACCAUACACCAGCGGAUCCACACGGGAGAGAAACCCUACAAGUGUGAUGACUGUGGGAAAGACUUCAGCCAGCGUGCUCACCUCACCAUCCACCAGAGGACACACACGGGAGAGAAACCCUACAAGUGCUUGGAAUGCGGUAAAACCUUCAGCCACAGCUCAUCUCUCAUUAAUCACCAGAGAGUUCAUACUGGAGAAAAACCUUACAUAUGCAAUGAAUGUGGGAAGACCUUUAGCCAGAGCACACACCUCCUCCAACAUCAAAAGAUACACACAGGAAAGAAACCAUAUAAAUGCAAUGAGUGCUGGAAAGUAUUCAGUCAGAGCACUUACCUUAUUCGACAUCAGAGAAUUCACUCUGGAGAGAAGUGUUACAAAUGCAACGAAUGUGGAAAAGCCUUCGCUCAUUCCUCCACACUUAUUCAGCACCAGACCACUCACACUGGAGAGAAGUCCUAUAUAUGCAGCAUAUGUGGGAAAGCCUUCAGCCAGAGUGCAAACCUCACCCAGCAUCACAGAACACAUACUGGGGAGAAACCCUACAAGUGCAGCGUGUGUGGGAAAGCAUUCAGCCAGAGCGUUCACCUUACUCAGCACCAGAGGAUUCACAAUGGAGAGAAACCGUUUAAAUGCAACAUAUGUGGGAAAGCAUAUAGACAGGGUGCAAACCUUACUCAGCAUCAAAGGAUUCACACUGGAGAGAAACCCUACAAAUGCAACGAGUGCGGGAAGGCAUUCAUUUAUUCCUCAUCACUUAAUCAGCAUCAGAGAACUCAUACUGGAGAGAGACCCUAUAAAUGUAAUGCAUGCAACAAAGAUUUUAGCCAGAGAACAUGCCUUAUUCAGCACCAGAGGAUUCACACGGGAGAGAAGCCCUAUGCGUGCCGCAUAUGUGGCAAAAGCUUCACCCAGAGUACGAACCUCAUCCAGCAUCAGCGCGUCCACACAGGUGCCAAAAAUCGAAACUAAUGCAUCUGGGAGACUGCACAUAGGUUUUCAAACCUAAUCGUUCUACAUUUUAUUUUGUACUCUGCUUGUUGAAAACAUUAUUCAAAAGAAGUGCAAUAUGGGUUAGAUUUUCACUCAGCAGAAGUAUCGGAAUUAGUGAUGGGAGUAUAACCUAUUUAAAUGUACUGUGAAAUUUCAGAUGAAAACAUUUGCUUCAUAAUAACCUUUAUUUGAUACUGGUUUAGUUCAUUCCAGAAAGAAACCGUAGGAAAGGAAGAGUGCCAGAAACCUGUUAGCCACUAACUCAGACGGAGUUUCAAGUACUUCUUCAUGAGGCCUUAAGAAUGUACUGUAACAGGAAGGCUUCCAUCCAGUAGAGCUUCCACACCAGAGGGUAAUCCCAGGGUGACAGAACAGAAGAGCUGCCCUCCAGCCUUUAGUUCUUCCCAGAUUUGAAGCCUUAAAUAUGUAAAGGGCCCCCUUCCCUUUUCUUGUUAUGCCAUAACUGCACGUGAAGCCAGUAGGUUUGCCAAAAAAGAAAACGGUUGAAAGUAUCUUAAGGAAGGACUUCUGUGUGACCACUGUUUAAUUAUGCUUUCCUCUAAAUACUGAGAUGUUAAAGGAAGAGCAGCCUAGUGAAAGAUGAUCUGUUAGGAGAAGCUAAUGUGUCUGUAACCCUUAGACACGUGCACAAAUUUUCUUAUACAGGCAAAAAUUAAAAUUUAAACAAUUUAAAACAAUUUAAAUUUAAAAUUUAAAUAUGUUUAGUAUCUAAAACAUAACAGCCUGAGUCUCACUAGCUUUUGACAGGCUUCCCAAGUGACUCAGUGGUAAAGAAUCUGCCUGCCAAUUAGGAGACACAGGAGACGUGGGUUCGAUCCCUGGGUUGGGAAGAUCCCCUGGAGGAAAUAGCAACCCACUCCAGUAUUUUUGCUCCAGGCAAUGGGGUUGCAAAGUGUUGGACACAACUGAGCACGUACUAGCUUUCGACAGCUGUCAUCCAGAAGAAAAAAAAGAAUACAGGUCUUUUUUUUUUUUCCUUUCCCCCAUCUGAUUCCUAAAUUCACAGUUCCCUUUUUUUCCCCUGACUCCUAAAAUCAUACCCUAAGGCUCCCCCAUGACAGUCUUACUGUAGAAAGUCCGUUUCUUCCUUUGAAACAUGUUUCUUGAGUGCCUCCUGUGCUCAGGGCCCAGACCACCUAGUUGGAUCCUUCCAGGGCUUACCUGCUGGAAGUCACAGCUGACUGAAGCAACAGAAAGCUUUCUAAAAUAAUGAAAGGUAACAAAAUCAAGGACGUGAUCUUAACCGGUGCUUCAUGGAAUGAACCUAGGAAACCUGCUGAAAUGGGUUGCUAAAUGCAACCCCGUUAUCUUAAGAAAGUAAUGAAUGAAAGCAGCUAUUUAAACAGUAUGAGGAAAAAAUACGUAGUGGGAAAUGGGUUUGAGUUUAGUGCAGAAAGUGGGUCAGGGAAAAAAUCUAAAGACUUAAGGGUGAGGAAAGAGGAUACAGAGACUACUUACAGCUGAAAUGUUACUAGACUUGAUUACCUAAGAAAAUAAGAGUGGCCACGUGAAUGAAAAAGCAAACCAGCCUAUUUAUGUAAGAAGAAACUAAAAUUGAAAUGACUGGUUUCAAAAGAAUCACUGAAAUUGGUACUCCUCGUACAUGUAAGUAAAAUAGGGAUUACUCUUAAGAUAACGAGACGUUUCAUUGGAAAAAGCAUUGAUGCAGAAACUAUCACCGUUGCAGUAAUUAUUAAACAGUAAUAACUGUGGGGCCCCAAGCAGCACAUAAGGAAAACUGGUAGAAACACAAUUAGAAAUAGGUGAAACCACUACUGUAUGUACUGUCCACAGCAUUGCACUCUCAGAAUUUCAGACCAUGUGCUGACAGCUGACCUUCCCUUCUGCUUGUGUUCCUUCAGUGCCUUGCCUUUGGUAGGUGGUUGAGAUAUGCUGGUUGAAUUAAUGAAUAUGUAGUCAAGUUAGGCUGGAGUAGUAAGGUAGAGUAACUGAUGUGGUGUGAAAUUGGCAAAUCUUUAUAGUUUUUUGGUGCAUACAUGCAAAGAAAUAUGUAACAAAUAUUGGCCAUUUGUUACUAAUAGGAGUGACUUCAAAAUGAAGAACCAGAAUCCCCAAAUCUUACUAGCGGGGAUAUUCCUAAAAAGUCAAGGGACAUCUUUAUACAAGAAGCUUUCCUGAGCUAGGUGAGGAAAACCUGAUAUAAUUUCUGGUGCCAUAAAUAACACUGUAAGCAUGUAUGGACCAUGCAGCUUCAUUUGGAUAUUGGAAAGACCUGAGGGGGAGGUAGCAAAGGACCUGGCGUGCCACAUCUUCCAGGUUCUCUUCCUGAGCGUUUUCUUCAAGAAGCUGCUUUCCCCUUGUCCUCCUCGUAGUUAACCUCGAUGUCAUGGAAUCACCCUUCACAAAGUGCAGGUUUUCUUGAGGUUGCAUAAUUCUCAGAUUAUGCUCAUGCCAUAGUUAUGUUAAAAAAAAAAAAAAAAAAACAACCAUUGUAUUUAAGGUGCAGUUUUUUGUAACAGUACUUCAUACCUUACACUUUAUUCUUCUGGAAAGAAAGUGUGGAGUGUUACAGUCCAUAGCGCCUUUCUUUGCAUUAAUCCGUGUUUCCUACCUUUGUGUGUUUUAUGUAAAUAAUACACUUAUAAGGUCUUCCACUGAAAACACCGAGGCAGUUGAUGCCCUUAUAAUAAUAAUUGUGGAGAAUCCUAGAUCUUCAUGUUUUCCCCACUUUUACAGUUGUCUGAUCCAUGCUUUGAAGUUUUUUUUUUUAAACAGGUAGUCUUAUUUUCCACAACUUUUUAUUAUGAAAUGUUCAAAUAUACAGAAAAGUUAAAUAAUAAAAUGAACUAUAUAUAUCCACCUAGAUGGAAAAAUUAACAUUUUGCCAUAUUUUCUACCGAGCAACUGGAGAGUAACUUACAGACAUUUCACCCCUAAACACUAAUCAUGCAUCUCAUAAAAACAAUCACAAUAACAUAUCUCAAAAAAUGAACAUUAAUUCCCAACUAUCAAGCACUCAGUCUGUGUUUCCAUCUUCAAGCCGUACAGAUGCUUGUCUGUUCCAUCCACCCAAAAUAGCUUCCUGCCUUGAGGUUUUUUUUCCAGGACUUUUUUUUUCUUUCUCCUUCAAAUAGAGCAGGUCAGUUGUAGAAUGUCUUUCAGGAUUUAACAGAUUGUACAUGUGGUUUGUUUAUCUUGUUCCUGUAGUUUCUAUAAAUUAGCAGAUAGGGCCAAAGGCUUGGUGUAUUCAUGUUACACAUUUUUUACAUUAACACCUCACAGAUGUAUUUCAUAUUGCAUCCCAUGAAAAGUCUCAAUAUCAGGUUGACUAGGGACUUCCCUGGCAGUCCAGUGAUUAAGACUGCACUCCCAAUGCAGGGGACAUGGGUUUGAUCCAUGGUUGGGGAAUCCUGCAUGCUGCCUGGCACAGCCAAAAAAAAAAAAGACUCACUGUGACGCAAAAUUUGAUCACAUCUUCCCAACUUAAAAGGAUGUCCUUGCUGUUGAGGGUAACAGAUAACCUGUGCACUGAUGUGGCAGUGCGUAGGCAGCCCAUUUACCAGCAACCUUUUACCUGGUAGUUUUGGGGAUCCAAUGAUGAUCAUCCUUGCCAGAAUCAAUUAUUUCAGCAAAAUUUGCUGAAAUUUUCUAAUUCUGUCCUUCCUACAUUUACUGACUGGUACUCUGUAAGGAAGAGCUUUCCUUCGUCAGCUGGGACUGCACUAGAGGCAGGAUCAGUCUCAAGUCUUUCCUUAAAUUACCGAUUUUUCAAGAGUCAGGAGUCACCAGCAGUGAUGACAUAUGGUUUGGUGCUGCACAGUUAGGAUCACUGUUUCAGAUUCUCUGAUAAUCCAAGACUUGGCCAGUUAGAAACCUUCAGGUAGCCCUUUUGUCCUCUGUCAUUCCUCUCCAACCUUUGGGCACUUAAUGGCCUUUUGACAAAGCUAUCUCCAGUUCACCUCACACUCUCAAUACCGCAGGUAUAGGAUGAGCCCUUUCUCCAGGAAUCCCUGGCUCUUUUUUACAGGCAGCAAUUUAGAAACCAGAUUUGGGCAGUGGGCAUGCUCUUUGCUACUGGGCAUUCUUAGCAAGUGGGCUGAGUCCUUCCAACUGCAGGAAGAGUCUGCAGUAAAGGCAACUCUGCCCUUCUUUCACCAGUUACAUAAUAUCUAAUUCUGUAAUGGGGAGACAUAAUUACAUAUCCAGACAAACGAUUUGGGGAGCAAAUAAGUCCUGUCGAGCACACCAAACUGGAGGGAACACAAGGGUUAUGUGUACCUGGAAAACCACACACUUAGACGCAAGUCUUGUGCCAAGGCCAUGAGCAGUAAGUUUUCAGAGGGACGGAGCUUUUCGGUUAACCUGGCAAGCAUGUUAAGUAGAGGGCAGUUGAGAGCAACUGAGUGAAUAACUAUGUGGUGGUCUAUGACGUGUCUUGAUGAUUUACUGUGUUGAGCUCAUCACACCCUCUUCCCAUCACGUUAGGCGGGUUUCUGAUAUGAAUCAGAGUUCUGAGGAUCUGUUUCAUGCAAAGUACUAGUUUUUCUUGCUAAACUUUUAUUUGGUCUUUAAAACUUAAUGCCAUUAAGUUUCUUUGAUUCUUAUCUUCUGGUAUGAAUUCACUUGCAUGCGCCUUUAAUGUACUUUCACCCCUUUAUUAUUCUCCUCAUAGCUCUAUAUUUCACUAUAAUUACUACCCCUUUAGAACACAGUAGCCAUUAAAACUGGCAAGCAUGUGUACUACAGUGAUAUGUAUAAUGUGUGUCUAAGCUUGUCAGCAGGACUGAGUCUUUUGUGUGGACAGGGAAGGUGAAGCCCACCCGGAUCACAGACACUCAGUGAGGGAACAAGGAUUGGAACCCUUGGCUCCAGCAC